AUGGAAUCAAACUAUUACCUUGCAGGUGUUGAGGCUGGUGGAACAGGUAUUACUAUUGCUAUUGCUAAAGGAGUACCAUCAAAUAUCAUUGAAAGUACUUAUAUUCCAACUACGGCACCAGACGAGACCAAGGAAAAGGUGGUUGAAUGGCUGCGUCAAAAGAAGUUUGAUUCACUUGGCGUUGCUUCGUUUGGGCCGAUCGACCUUGACAGAAAUUCAAAGACCUAUGGAUACAUCACUACCACUCCAAAGCCAAACUGGGAAAACACAAACAUUCUUGGAUGGUUUGAUGAGUUUGACGUACCAAAGGAUUUCGAUACUGAUUGUAAUGGUGCCGCUAUUAGUGAGUGUUUCCAUAACCAACAUAAACGUGGUCCAGUGUCAUCAUGUGUCUAUAUUACCGUUGGAACAGGUGUUGGUAUUGGUGUAGUCGUUGGUGAAAAGUCUGUACAUGGCUUGGUGCAUCCAGAGGGUGGCCAUUCCUUUGCUCGUCUCCUCCCCGAUGACCAAUUCCCAGGAACUUGUCCAUUCCACGGCAACUGUAUCGAGGGUUUGGUAAGCACUGGUGCCAUUGCCAAAAGACUUGGAGUCUCCCCCGAUAAACUUGCAAUGAUCCCAGACGAUGAUCCAGUAUGGUCUAUUGUUGGACACUAUCUCGCUCAACUCUGUGCCAAUCUAAUUCUCAUCUCCUCACCAGAAAUCAUUGUUCUUGGAGGUGGUGUCAUGAAUCGCUCCGUUCUCUUUCCAAUCAUUGGUACUCAAGUAUUGAAAAUUUUGAAUGGUUAUAUUAAAUCACCAUAUUUGACUGAAGAACUCAUUGAUCAAUAUAUAGUAUUGUCACCAUUUGAACAUCGAUCUGGAAUUGUUGGUGCUUUGGAACUUGCAAGAAGAAUGGACAUUAAUAAUUGUAAAUGGCUAUUCUUUAGUAUCGGUAUAUUAUUACUUUUGUGUAUUCGUAAUGAUCCCAACAACAAUACUACUAAUAACAAUAACAAUAACAACUAUAAAACAAAAGAUAUAUUAGAUAAAAGAGAUAAUUGGGGAAGAGGAUUCUACAACUCUACAUUACAAAGUAGUAUAAUCAAUUCAGUUACAUCUAUAGAUACUUCUGGUGGUACAAUUACAAUUUAUGGAUCAAAUUUUGGUAAUAGUACACAUCCAGAGGAUCUAAGUGUCUCUGUAUUUGGUGAUUAUUUAGAUGGAUCAUUUUGUACAAAUAUAUCUAUAGUCAAUGAUAAUGUAAUAUCAUGUCAAAUGCCAUCAGGUGUUGGAUCAUUCUCUAUUGAAUUGUUACAAGAUAAUUUGGUGUUUAUCGAAUUUAAACAUACCUUUAAUGCUCCACCUCUUGAAAAGAUUGUAGAUGUCAUCGAAUCAAUUGCUCGUGACAAUCCAAAUGGAUUUACUCUAGAUAUUAUUACCUUUAAAAAGGUUCUAAAAGGUAUAUCUGUAGCAUAUCUAGAAACUCAAGACAGCUUUGAUAGAAAAGGUUUGGAAAAGGUUGUACGACAUUCUCAAACAAUCGGUAACAAUGUUGUUGGUGGAUGGUUAAACGACCAUGAUGAAAACAAAAAAUAUUAUUACGAUAGCGUAAAGAUAUUCUUGUCAACACAACUCGAUCAAGCCAUUCAAUUUGGUCAAUUGAAUCAACAAUUGGCUAUAUUUGAUAUAUCUAAUUUAAAUUUAAUAUCUUUGUAA